AUGAGAGAUUUAGAAGCGUCCAAGAACUACAAAGUAGAAAACAAAACGGCAGAGGAUGAAGAAGAGUAUGAGAAAGUGAAAAACAGAACAAAGGAUAAUAAACCAGAGGAAAAGAAAAGAGACAUCAAUAACGAUAUUCUUGGAGCAUUGAUAUAUAGAAAGAUCUUAAAGGACUAUGGAAUAAAGAAAAAGCCCAAAACAGAGAAGACAAAAGAUACAAGUGGAGGCACAAAGGGAGUCCUUUAUCUUAUAAUAAUUAUCCUUGUGUUUGCAUAUGUAAUAUACAGAAUAAUUGUCUCAGAAGGAGGAGGGAGCAUUGGAAAGACGUCUAAGGAGAAGGAUGAGAAGAUGGAAGAUCAAGACAAGCCUUCGUUCCGUGAUGGAUCAACAUUUGAGAAUGUUCCUUAUUUUGGGAAGGAGGAUUUGAUGAUACAAGUGAUUUCACAAGUGACAAAGAUUGUUAGCCUUCUAAGGACUGUUCCCGAGAAGGAACUCCACAAGACCAUAGAAACAACACAAAGAAACUUCCUUUUUCAUGGGCCUCCUGGAACAGGAAAGACCCUUUUCAUGAAGAAGUUAAUAUAUCUUGUUGAUCUAAAUAUCAAGUUCUUAAAGAUGAGAAGCGAGAUAGGGGAAGAGGAGUUUGACCGAAUGGAUCACAAUGAGAAGCUGGUAAGGGCAAGGCAAAUGGAAUCGCUCACCAGAAUAACAUUUGUGACACCAUCUUCGCUGAACAACAAAUAUGUUGGAGAAACAGAAAAGAACAUCCGUGCGUUGUUCCAGAGUGCAAAUGAUGGGAACUACUGGGCGAGCUUUGUGUUUAUCGACGAAGUGGAUGUGUUCUUUUCUAAGAGAUCGGAUAGAUCACAGGAUUACACGUUAAAGGCACAAACCGAGUUUUUGAACACGAUUGGGGGAGCAUGCGAUAAGGUGAACAGCAAUGUGUUUCUCUUUGGAGCCACCAAUCUAUACGACUCACUUGACGAUGCUUUCAAGCGUCGAUUUUCGGGAGUUUACGAGUUCCAGCUUCCAAACGACGAAGAAAGAUUGGAGAUUCUUGAGGAGUAUCUUGGAGAUUGUAAGAAGGAAAUAACAAACAGAUUCAACGAUUUGAUUAGAAUGACGAAUGGAAUGGCACAGUCUAGGAUUGUGGAUGUUUUGAAGAAGAUAUCGUUUGCAAAUGAUGGAAAUGUUGAUAGAAUUAGUUGGAAUGACCUAGUAAGGGCUUUAGAGGAUGGAGACCCGAAGAAGAAAGGAACAGAUGGAAGCGAUGUUAGUGUGGCGAAAUCCUUGAAGAAGUUCUAUUUCCUAGAGCCAAAGCCCAAGAGAAGGGAUGCGGAAAUACUAAUUACCAAAGAAUAA